GAAAUAAAAACCCUACAUUCCUCAAAUUUCAUUUAUUUCCCCAGUCAAUUAAAUUCCCCUCAUAAUGGCACCCAAGGCAGAGAAGAAGCCAGCGGAGAAAAAACCGGCGGCGGAGAAAGCACCGGCAGCGUCCGCAGCGGCGGAGAAGAGGCCGAAAGCGGAGAAAAAGAUCGGAGGCAGCGGCGCCGGCGUGGAGAAGAAGAAGAAGAAGGCGAAGAAGAGCGUGGAGACGUACAAGAUCUAUAUAUUCAAGGUGCUGAAGCAGGUGCACCCUGAUAUCGGGGUGUCGAGCAAGGCGAUGGGGAUUAUGAACAGUUUUAUCAAUGAUAUAUUCGAGAAGCUUGCGCAAGAAGCUGCGAGAUUGGCCAGGUAUAAUAAGAAGCCCACGAUUACAUCGAGGGAAAUUCAGACGGCGGUGAGAUUGGUUUUGCCCGGGGAACUGGCGAAGCAUGCGGUUUCUGAAGGGACUAAAGCUGUGACUAAAUUUACUAGCUCUUAGAUUUUGUUGUGUUGGUGAUUUGGAUUAGGGUUUUUUUUUAAUUGUUUUGUAAUUUGUUGGAAUAUAUUUUAAUGGGAUUGCUUGUUUCUUUUAAUUGGAUUCAAUAAAAUGGAAUUGGUAAA